UCCGUUUCGGUCCUCCGCCUAGUUAUUUAUUUAUUCCUUUUUCAUUUGUGGGGUAUAUUUUCAUAUAUCCAAUUAUCUCGGUUAUUGAAUGACAUUCGAUUCUGACACAUAUAUGCCUAAAAGCAAAGCCCCCAAAAUGGAUGAUCUGGACUACAUCCCAGCGGACCUGAGCCCAGAGGAGCGCUCUGAGCUAGAGGAGAUCCGGCGCAGGAAGGGAGCUCUUCUUCUUGAGAUCCAAAGACUGAAAGAAGAGCUGAGAGAAGCGAUUAUAGAGGUGGAGGGGCUGGAGACCAGCACAGAGGGCAGUAAAACAUUACAGAAGAGUCGACACGUGGCCAUGGGGAGGAAAAAAUUCAACAUGGACCCAAAAAAGGGCAUUGUAUUCCUAGUGGAGAAUGAGCUGCUCAGACACACUCCAGAGGACAUUGCUCAGUUUCUGUACAAAGGAGAAGGACUCAAUAAAACUGCAAUUGGAGACUAUCUUGGUGAAAGAGAUGACUUCAAUAUUAAAGUAUUGCAGGCCUUUGUUGAUCUUCAUGAAUUCACAGAUCUGAACUUGGUUCAAGCACUUCGGCAAUUUCUGUGGAGUUUCCGGUUGCCAGGCGAGGCUCAGAAAAUUGACAGAAUGAUGGAGGCGUUUGCUCAGAGAUACUGCCACUGCAAUCCUGGAGUCUUCCAGAGCACAGACACCUGUUACGUGCUGUCAUUUUCCAUCAUCAUGUUAAACACUAGUCUGCACAACCCAAACGUGCGGGACAAGCCCACAGUGGAGCGCUUCAUCAGCAUGAACAGAGGCAUCAACGACGGUGGAGAUUUACCAGAGGAUCUGCUUAGAAAUCUGUAUGACAGCAUCAAGAACGAGCCCUUUAAGAUCCCAGAGGAUGAUGGGAACGACCUGACGCACACUUUCUUCAACCCUGACAGAGAGGGCUGGCUCCUCAAACUGGGAGGUCGCGUGAAAACAUGGAAGAGACGGUGGUUUAUUCUGACAGAUAACUGCCUUUAUUACUUUGAGUACACAACAGAUAAGGAACCCAGGGGCAUCAUUCCAUUGGAGAACCUGAGUAUCCGUGAGGUUGAAGAUCCCAGGAAGCCAAACUGUUUUGAGCUGUACAUCCCUAAUAACCGUGGGCAGCUGAUUAAAGCAUGUAAGACUGAAGCUGACGGGAGAGUGGUGGAGGGAAAUCACAUGGUGUACCGGAUCUCAGCCCCCACUCCAGAAGAGAAGGACGAGUGGAUCCACAGCAUCAAGUCUGCUGUGAGUGUGGACCCCUUCUACGAAAUGCUUGCAGCCAGGAAGAAACGUAUUUCCCUCAAGAAAAAGGAAGAGCAACAGUGAAACAUCUUCACUCCUCCUUUUAUCUUUCCAUUCUUCACUUCAGCAGAUGACAAAACUCCCUCCAUUCUGAAACACUUCCCUGUUGUCCCAUCAUCAGAAGGAUCAGUUUUGCUGAUGGAUGUCGUUAGGAAUCCGAUCUUCUUGGUUCUGGAUUCAGCUGGUCUGGCCUGCACGAUUACUCAUCUCUUACAUCCGUAAUUCUGCUACACUUGUACACUACACACAGUGCUAUUCAUAUGACACUAGUCCGUACAGACCCCCACACUACAGUAUAUUAUGCUGACAUUCCAUAGGGUUGUACCUACAAACAUAAUAUUCAGACAGCUGCACACAUCUCCAUCCUGCUUCCCUAAAGGAGUAGUUCAAACAAAAAUGAAAUUUCGGUCAUUAUUUAUUCCCCCUCAUGUUAAAAAAAACCCAUAUGUGGAUAUUUUUUCAAUGGAACACAAAAGUAAUAAUAUACAUCUCUUUUCUAAUGGCAUUUCUUAGUGACCAUGUCUACCAAGCUCCUGAAUGGCCAUUGAACAUAAAGCAACCAUAAAAGUAGUCCAUAUGGUUGAUGCGCUAUAAUGAAGUCAUACGAUAGCUUUGUGUGAAGAACAGACAAAAAUUGAAGUUAAUGAAUGAUAUUCGCAAUAAAAAAAAAAAUGGUAAAGCACAUUCGGUUUCUACACACAUGCCAUUUGGGCGUCAUUGAUUUCGUUUUUUCUUGGUUUUCUUUUGUCGUCUUUGGAGCUUGAGAGCCGUGGUUGCUAUGAACUGACAUUACAAUAAGAACAGCAUUUUAACUGUCUGGAACAAGAACAAAUUUUCAUUUUUGGGUAAACAAUUAUUUUAACCCUUUAGCAAGACACUGGCUUUCGAUGAUCAUCUACUUUUUACCCACUACAUUCGUAUUCUGCACACUUCAUCGUUAGUUCAUUACACACUUUCACCAUUUUAGCAUUGUACUUCCACAGUUACCUCUCUCUUUACUACUGAUCCCACAUUUGGUGGCUAAUGACCACCACUCUUGCUAUUUACAGCAUUGUACUGUGAAGUUCUUAAACAUUACAGGGUAGACGACCAAACAGCCUGAUGUACUCUUCAUCAUUACCAUCAUCAGGAACAGAUCUAACAGCCUGUAGCUGAGUUGCGCUUCUCUAGCUUUGUAGACCGUGUUACUGAUCUUUUAGGGGGUUUCAUGCUGGAGGUUUCAUUUAGUCUGGUCUAUUUUGCUGUCUCAGCAUUUAGUUGUCUAAACUGACACUAUUAUCUGUUAUUUACUUGAGUUUAUGUGUUCAAAAUGAAGUUGAAACUGAAGGUCAUUGCUAUUCAUACCACAUAUCAAUCUGAGAGUGAAAAACAUUCAUCUAUAACGAUUUAAGCAUAUUCUAUCUGUUUACCUGAGUCACUUGAAGCAUCCAGUUCACUUUUAAAGUGUUCUGGAGCAUAUCAUGAUUUUCUGUUAAAACUAAUAUUAUUAUAUUCUAUUUGUCAAUUGGGUGGUGUAUCAGUGUGUGAGCUAAAAUGUUCCCUAGGAUGAAAAGCAAUACUGGUGUACUUUAUCCAUCAAGAUAUCUGUAGAAACUCGCCUCAUUAAAUAAUCUCCUCCACAUUUAAAAAAAGAUAUAGGCCAUGAAAAAUAGGCCUUAAAAGUCACCACAGCCCCGUUUCUGAAUGUUCUUGCUAGUGUUUGACCUAAAAUUAGGUUUAAACUUACACUUUGAUAACUCGACCACUGGGGGGGAGGGAAUCUCACAGAAACAUGUCCAGGCCAAAUUUGAGGUCAUCCACAUAGUUGAACUUUAUAUAAAAAACAAUAUAAAAAAGGUUUUGCAUAAACAAAGUAAAGCCUACCUGAAACCGGUAAAUCUUUUUGCAAUACAAAUAGAAGUCGACCAAUAGUGGGUUGUGCUGAUACCGAUAAUGAAGGUGGGAUAGACGAUUAAUUGACAGAGUUGUAAAAAUGAAUAAUAUGAAUUAAAACUUUCCACUCAGUGUAAAAUAGUGCUGAACUUUAGUAAGUACAACUUUCCAUGGUGAUGCUUUAAUACAGUUUACCCACACUGUUACCUUCUUCUAAGCCUUUGCCAUCUGAAAUUAAUUAAAAUAUUACAGGUCAAAUGUGUUUGUAGUUCAGCAGUAACAUUAAACACUGCCUUACAAUGCCAGAUAGUUACUGUAUGCUUCAUCACUACUGAUAAUAUGUUUUUUAUUGUCAUAUUAAAUAAUUAACAAACCACCUUUAGUCUUGAAUGACUGAUUUAUCAUACCAUGACAGUCAUAAUAAUGUGUAUUGUAUACAUACCAUGUUUUAAACCAGCGUUUGAAGUGUCCAUCUCUAUAAAUAGCCUAGUCACGUUGCACAACAAACUCCAUGUGGAGUCAGUGAUUGUUUUUUAUUUAACCUCUAGAGGGUGCCUUUAUACUGUUGAAACAAGGAGUUCAGACUGAAGAACCCUGCAGCGCCGGCCACGGAGAAAUUAAACCGAUAAAAUCAGAAACUAUCGGAGUUUUCUGAUAGUUAAAAACACCCCCGAUUGGCCCCGAUAUAUCGGUCGACCUCUAAAUACAACAUAAUUUUACUGACAAUUAAACACAUUUUCUCCCGAAAAUCACAUUACCACUAUUUAUUUAGAUGUUAUACUUUUAUAAUAUGCAUAAUAUUUUUCUGCAAAAACAAAUGAUGCUCUCUCUCUCUCUCUCUCUCUCUCUCUCUCUCUCUCUCUCUCUCUCUCUAUAUAUAUAUAUAUAUAUAUAUAUAUAUCUAUCCGCAUUGGGUUUUUUUCCUGAAAUGAGAAUUGGUUCUAAAAAUGAUGUUAACAGUCUUUAAGCAAGAUAUAUCUUCUUAAGUCUGUCUUUUUAUUUUGGGAUACAUUUUACUGGACAUGUUUGUGAUAUCAUGAGAUUACUCCUCUUACCCUUUGCUAUUACAAACAACACUCGGUGCUGUUAAAAAUGUUUCAGAAUGCGUUUGUGCUAGUUCAUAUAAAGAAUUUAUUUCUGAUGUGUAUCCCAUGAAGAAGUAAGACGUAAAAAGAUGAUGAUUUUUUGGUUAUGACUGAUCUGCGAUAUGUGCCAGAUGUAGCAAUGACCUGUAUUUCUGUUUGUGUGAAACACUAGUUAACUCCCUCUUACUCAGUGCUGUUUGAAGGAGUUUCAUGGCAGCUUAUUCCAAUGUACUUUUAUUUUAUUUUUUGCCUUUUACUGUUUGUAAAUAUUUGUUGAUCUGUUUGUUUACAAUACAAAUAGAUAGAAUUUAAUUUAUUUUUAUUUUUUUUUGUAAAGAAAUAAGGAUCAGGUUUGCAUGUUGUACUGAAUCGAAGCAUCUAUUGUAAACGGUGAAUCUAAUGUCAAGGUUUCGGGCACGCAAGGUGACUAUUAGCGUUCCGUAAUUCUAAUUCAUACAUGGCCCUGCUAGUCAACAAAUUGGUGUUGCAGUUAAUAUGCAGUCUAGACGCAAGCAUUAAGUAACAAAAUGUGUACUAAGUAAAACAAUUGGUUUUUUUAAAUGCAGAUGAUAAUACGGAACACUAAUAGCGCUCUGGAGUCCAACAUAUUAGCCGCUCUAUUUAAAUAUAGCCUACUAAUAAUGGAAAAUGUUAUUAAUGAGAACUGUUAACAGUGCAUUUUGCUUCACUUUUGUGAUUUUUCCAGAUUAAUAUAAAGCUUUGCUAUAGUAAUGGAUGUCUUUAUGACAUUUACUACUUUGGAGUUAGAAUCCAUGUUAAUGGCACUUUAAUAGAGUUCAGCACAGUUCAGAAGCCCUCCUUGUGUAUGCAUUAUGAUUUACUCUCUAGAAUUAGUAUUGCAGUUCUUAACUGGUUUAAGCUUUGCUACACAUGUUAAAGGUACUAAUACAAUGCAUCCAUAUCAAAUAAUUUGAAGUUAAUAUGCUUCAUGUUGUAUUGUAUGUUAGGGGCCGUAUAUGAGCUGUAAGAUACCUUACCUAAAGGGGCUCCAGGUGUUAAAUAGCAUCAACUGUUGACUGCAACAGUACAUUCCUAGAUAUGAUAUAAGCUAUGUGUUUAAACUAAUAGUUUGGGCAUGACAUGGUCUAAUGAAGACAGAAGAAUGACUCUAAAUGACUUGAAUACAUUUUGAAAUCUAAAUCUGGACUUUCUUAAUAAAAAGUGCAAAGGUGCCAAAGCCUUUUAGCUAGUCGAUAGGAAAAUAGUAGAACAAGUGAAAGCAUUUCUUCCUCAUCUAUUCUUUCUCCGUUUCUGAUUGGACACAGAAAGGUACAUAUGGUUGGAAUAUGCUUCAUGUAGCAAAACAAAGACUCUGUUAUGGUACACUGAUGCCAAUCAGCUCUAAUAAACAAAAAGAUUGCA